AUGUCGCCGUCGACAUCCCAUAUAUCGGGCCAGUUGAGGCAGCUAAUAUACUAUCACCUUGAUAACAAUCUGAUUCGCAAUGCGCUAUUUCUUGCUGGUCGUCUGCAUGCCUAUGAACCUCGAACAUCGGAGGCUUCCUAUCUACUCUCCCUAUGCCAUCUACUCAACGGGCAAAUCAAGGCAGCUUAUGACUACAGCAAGAAUUUUGGGUCGAGGGGUACUCAUUUGGGCUGCUCGUAUGUGUAUGCGCAGGCGUGUCUAGACUUAGGAAAGUAUCUUGAUGGGAUUGCGGCGCUGGAACGGAGCAAAAGCCUUUGGACUUCUAAGAAUCAUUGGAACAAACACAGCGAAACACGCAGGCAGCACCUACCCGACGCGGCUGCAGUUCUAUGCUUGCAGGGUAAACUAUGGCACGCUCAUAAAGACCUCAAUAAGGGAGUAGAAUGCUAUGUCGAAGCUUUGAAAUUGAAUCCUUUUAUGUGGGAUGCAUUUCUGGGUUUGUGCGAGACAGGUGUCAAUAUUCGGGUCCCUAAUAUUUACAAAAUGAGCUCCGAACUACUUUCCGUUCUAUCGUCAUCACAGGAAGAUAUUGAUCUUCCGCCUGACAAGGUUGCGCCUGCAGGUGGACCGCUGCAAACUUCAGCAAAUGUGAAUCCAAGCUUGGACCCCUUUAUGUCUGCCGCAUCCCGCAGUGACUCGGGCACUACCCAUGGAAGCUCUGCCUUAUGGGAGAAACUGAACGGAAGCACUGUCAGCGUGGCAUCGAAUGGAACAUCAACACCAGCUGUUCGGGAAGGAACAGAAACCCCUGGUGGCCAGAGCAGUGAGUCUGAUGACUUCCGCCUGGCUAACGGGGUUGGGGAUACCUCGUGGGAACCUCCCUUAGCUCCAGCCAGAAAAAAUCGCACGAUUCAAUCGAUCGGGGCAGAUCAUGCAAUGGAUCCCCCGCCGAAAAUGAAGCCUACGGGUAUCAGACAAAGAACGAGAAUGAGGGUUGAACAAGAGGAACAAACGACAACCCAAGUGGAAAAGGAAUCUGUGACAGGAUCUAGAGUUGGCGACCGCAAGCGAACGGUUUCCGGCCAGGUAGCUCAUCCACCAGCACCAACAGAACCAGGAGCCCCUCAACGCCGCAGCGUACGUCUUUUCAACCAGAUUAAGCCUACAACUAGCAAGCUCUCAGGCACGGCAUUAGGCACAAAGGACGGCAGGGAACUCAAAAAGGUAAAAGCUACUGGUGCCAAGGGGCGUGCUACGGCAGCCACGGGUGUAGGUCGUGUUGUGAGCGGUAACAGGAAACAUGUCGGCGAGAUACACGAGAGCGAUGGGAAAGAACAUCGUCCGGUAUCAACUGUUCAUAGUGGGGCUACCAAUGUUGCCUCUAAGGCCGCGACGAUUGAAAAGUCGAAGUCCAUUGAAGCUCUGACAUGGCUGUUGGAGCUCUUCUCCAAACUGGCGUCGGGAUACUUUGCUUUGAGUCGUUAUCGGUGUACGGAUUCUAUACAAAUAUUCAAUGCGCUAUCUCAGGGUCAGCGAGAGACGCCUUGGGUUCUUUCGCAAAUCGGGCGAGCGUACUACGAGCAAGCAAUGUAUUCAGACGCCGAGAAGUAUUUCGUACGGGUGAGAAACAUAGCACCGUCCAGGUUGGAUGACAUGGAGAUUUACUCGACUGUUCUUUGGCAUCUGAAAAACGACAUCGAACUAGCCUAUUUGGCGCAUGAGCUAAUGGAGGUCGACCGUUUAUCCCCCCAGGCAUGGUGCGCCAUUGGCAAUUCCUUCUCGCACCAACGCGAUCACGACCAGGCCUUAAAGUGUUUCAAGCGAGCGACACAAUUAGAUUCUCAUUUUGCCUAUGGUUUUACCUUGCAGGGACACGAAUAUGUAGCAAACGAAGAAUACGAUAAAGCACUGGAUGCCUACCGGCAUGGCAUCAGUGCUGAUAGCCGCCACUACAAUGCGUGGUACGGAUUGGGCACCGUUUAUGACAAAAUGGGCAAACUCGACUUUGCUGAACAACAUUUCCGUAACGCAGCAAGUAUUAACCCUACAAAUGCGGUGCUCAUCUGUUGUAUUGGUCUGGUCCUGGAAAAGAUGAACAAUCCAAAGGCAGCUCUAAUUCAAUAUGGGCGAGCCUGUUCAUUGGCACCACAUUCCGUCCUUGCUAGGUUCCGCAAGGCUCGCGCAUUAAUGAAGCUGCAAGAGCUCAAAUUGGCUCUAGCAGAAUUGAAGAUUCUUAAAGACAUGGCCCCAGACGAAGCAAACGUGCAUUAUCUCUUGGGUAAGCUUUACAAAAUGCUGCAUGACAAGGCCAAUGCUAUCAAGCAUUUCACCACGGCCUUGAAUUUAGAUCCCAAGGCGGCACAAUACAUAAAGGACGCUAUGGAAUCAUUAGAUGACGAAGAGGAGGACGAUGAAGAUAUGGCUUGA